UCCCCGUGUCUUUUUGCUGCGGUGGAGAAGAGCCACACACCAAGGACCAUCUCAAUUUCACACGGAGUGGAGUCAACUUAAAUACAUAUUCAUCGUAUUAUCCAAAUUCAAUUUUUAAUAACUUCGACAAUUCUCAAUUUUCUGUGUGUGAGCUGCGCCUUCAGUGAUCAUUCCAUUAUUUUACCAUUCUAAUUUAGCUGUGCCAAAUGAAUCAGAAGAAUGGCAAUGAUGAAGAAAGUUUAAAUUGAAAGACAUCAACACACACCAAGAUUAUCUCUAACCAUUUACUCAAUCAGUUGUUAGUGGUUGAGUGUACAUGUCAUAGGUAUCGCAUGGACCAAUAUUAUUUUUGUCACAAAAAAAAAGAUACCACCAAAAUGGAUCCCUUGUUCACUACGACUGAUUUGCCAUUGCUAAGCAAUUUGACCAACGCUUCAGGGCUCAAUGGAACUGAUCUAGACGGAAACCAGUUUGUACAACCAGUUUGGAGAAUUGUUCUAUGGGCUUUCGCUUACAGUUGCAUGGUUACUGUGUCUCUGGUGGGGAACGUCGUAGUAAUAUGGAUCAUUAUGGCGCAUAAACGAAUGAGAACUGUGACCAACUAUUUUCUGUUGAACCUGGCGUUUGCAGAGGCGUCUAUGUCAGCCUUCAACACCGUUAUCAACUUCGUCUAUUCCGUCCAUAAUGAGUGGUACUUCGGGCUGAUGUACUGCCGCUUUCACAACUUCUUCCCCGUCGCUGCUGUCUUCGCUAGUAUCUACUCUAUGACUGCGAUAGCGGUGGACAGGUACAUGGCCAUCAUCCACCCCUUGCAGCAGCGUAUGUCGUCCACAGAGACCAAGGUGAUCGUGGGAGUGAUCUGGGUGCUGGCUCUGCUCCUGGCCUUCCCUCAGUACUACUACUCAGUGACAGAAGAGCUGCCUGGACGAAUCAUCUGCUACAUCGAGUGGCCCGAAUACUCUGGCUUCGACUACAGAAUUAUGUACUACAUGUGCGUGACAGUGCUGAUCUACUUCCUGCCUCUACUGGUGAUGGGCUGUGCCUAUCUGGUGGUGGGCCUCACUCUCUGGGCCAGUAACAUACCUGGAGACUCCUCUGACCGCUACAAAGAGCAGCUCACUGCAAAACGCAAGGUGGUGAAGAUGAUGAUCGUGGUGGUGUGUACGUUUGCUAUCUGCUGGCUGCCCUACCAUGUGUACUUCCUGCUCCAUCUGUUCUUCCCCCUCCUGUUUGAGACGCUCUACAUCCAACAAGUCUACCUGGCUGUCAUGUGGCUGGCCAUGAGCUCCACCAUGUACAACCCAAUCAUCUACUGCUGUCUCAACGACAGGUUCCGAGCUGGCUUCAAGCAGGCGUUCCGAUGCUGUCCCUGUGUUCCCGCUGGCUCUUACGAGGGUCUGGAGCUCAAGUCCACACGUUACCUACAGACCCAGACCAGCAUGUAUAAGACCAGUCGCAUGGAAACCGCUGUGUCCGCCGUGCCGCACGUGGUCGACGACUUGGAGCCUCCCAGGUUCGGGGCCCUAUCUGGGGCCGGGUGUGAGGCCGGGGUGCGGGGGGUUGGCCUAGGGGGCGUGGGGUUGUGUGCGGCGGCACCGAGGCGCUCCUCUCUGGACCUGACUUCCAAUGGCUCUUCGUCCCGCAGCAUCUCCAAGACCGUUUCGGAGACCUCCAGCUUCUACAACAACCUGCCUGAGUAGGGAGGGGAGAGUAGAGUCAAGCACCGCUGAACACUCUCUCACAAUAUCUGCCAAUGGGGACCGUGUGCAUGUGUGUUUUUGUGUGUGUGGCCGUGAAUGUGUUUGUGUGUGAGUGUACAUUUGAGUUGGUGUGUGGGUUCCGUCCAUGUAUGAUGUCCUUUCAUUGAAUGUUGGGCAUCAAGUCUACCGCCUGUGACUAAGGCUUGGUUUGGUUCCCCUUCAGAGGGCUUUCCAGUGUGCCCUGAUUCAAACGAAACAGGAGUCAGUAGACACUAAGGCCAUAAGGCAUACCUAGCCCACACUACCUGGUACCUUCUGUACACGAGUUAGUUGAGAACGUCACGAAACCGAUGCGCACGCUUCAAUGGGGCACAAAGCUGUGUGUUGUUGGGAUUCUGGAUGGCCAGGUAGCUAGCAACAAUGACAAGUGGGGAAUCGUGAGUGGCUCGUUUCAGCUAGUUUUACCUUGUUUUUUGAGGUUUUUAUGCUAAAAUGGCUCAAAUUCGCCUGCUAGCUAACCAAGAAAUGUAAGGAUGUAUUUGAGAGACAACAUGUACUCAUUGUGCAACUUUAUUUAUGUUUUCAAUAAACAUUGGAGACAAAAUGUAGUUUACAUGUUGUCAGAAAUUUAAACCGACCCUGUCUGUUUUGCCCCAUAGUUGCACACGUGUCGGUUUUGUUGCUAAACAGCCAACCCGUCUAUAGCCCGCAGAGCUAAAGGCUGGGUUCAAGACUGGGUCACAAGACUUGAUCAAUACAGAAAACAAGCUUAAUACAGGACCCAGCCCUAACUGAACCCUAGAACCUUUACACUGUCCACAAAGCUUCAAUUAACAGAAUCUACCUAAAACUUACCUAGCAUAGUAUCAGUUGCUUCUAAUGCUCAUAUUACCACCAGUACUUCUGAAUGAUGCAUUAGUGUGUGAUUGCUGGGAGCACAGUCAGUUCUCAUGAACAUGUUUAUGAUAAGCAUGGUAUUCCGGUUGCAUAGCCUAAGACCCUGAAAUGAAGCCCGGGGUUAACAAGCCAGCACUCUAUGGGAAACUAGACUACUGGGAAACUAAAUUAGACUACUGGGGCUGAUGUGUGUUUAGCUGGUGGCUUUUCAGCAUGACUUCAGUGGAAUAAUGUGGGAUAGACCUGAACAGAGUGCUAGUCAGCUGUGUACUUCACAAGACAUCAGACAGUGGAGAAGUGUAGUGUGAUUAUAUAAACAAAGAGAAACUGUACUGCGAGGCUUUUGUUAGUUCUUGUAACUAGCGAUGGGAACAUGGGUUUGGAUACUUAGCAUAAUGGCGCUGAGGGAGGGAGGAAGGCGGCGCUGAGGGAGGGAGGAAGGGCGGCAGCUUUGAGGCAAUUCUCUCUGUAUAAAACCUCUGGGUCUCAGAUGGAACCCUAUUGCCUAGAUAGUGCAUUUUGACCAGAGGGUGCCCUUUGCCAUGCAACCAUCUGAAACCUAGCGAGUACACUUACGUAUGUAUGAUGUUCAGCACACACAUAAUUACACAUUCUGAUACAGACCCAAAUACACCCACAGCUGUUCACACACAUGUAUUUAAAUUCCCCAAUUUUACGUUUGUAUUAACAUUUUACAUUUUAGAUCAAUAUUUUUGCAUUUGCAUUUGCCUUAUUGAAUAAUUGAAUUCAUCAAUUCAAAUUGUAUUUGAUGAUUUGAAACGGAAUUGAAUGAAUAUUGCAUUAAGUUUUAAAAUUAAAUUUCAAUUUAAUUCCAUAUUCUAUAUUUAUAUUCAGUGUCAAUAUGGUAGAUACAGUACUGCAUUCAUCCUUUACGUUAACUUCCUGAACAUAUGCCUAUGUGGGCUAACACAGUCUUCUGUCAUGCAUGUUCCGGAGAGUAUUAGCUAUCAGAAAUGGGCUAAGCUUAUUGCCAAAACGAUUAAAACCCUAGAGACAAAUUUCUAGGAAGACAAUAAAUUCAACAUACCACAAUGGCUUCAGAAACCAACAGAAUCUGCUCCUUUGAUAACGCUAGCUUCAGUUCACCACAGAGAGAGUUUGAUUUUAUCGGUCCUCCUCUACCUUUCCUGGUUGGCAAAGUACCAGGAUGUUGUUUUGAAUCUGAAUCUGGGGAGUACUGAAUUCAAAAACGUAAAUCAUUAGAGGUGUAGAAUAUCUACCUAUCCCGUUGUAAUUAGAUACCUAUUCUUUCUGCCUUGCCACUACUAUGUUACUGUGUCUGGUAGACUUCUAAGAUUCAUUCAGAUUUAAUGGUGUGUGUGUGUGUGUGUGUGUGUGUGUGUGUGUGUGUGUGUGUGUGUGUGUGUGUGUGUGUGUGUGUGUGUGUGUGUGUGUGUGUGUGUGUGUGUGUGUGUGCGUGCGUGUGUGUGUGAGUGAGACACGUCUCAGUGGAUACAGUCUGUAAGGAGGACAGGAUUCACUCAGACAUUGCAUUUCUCCUCAAGAAACACGCCUUGCAACUGAUUCAUUUAACAUGGGGAACCAGAUAGCCUAUUUUUCUCUCCAAACAAACCCUCUCAGGCAGACACUAGUUUAGCCAAAAAGGCAUCCCUCCUAAACCAAAAGGUCGGUAGCUCCCAUACAGUUGAACUGAAUACUGAAACCAAAAAUAGACCAAACACUCAAUGUCUAAAUUCAAUAGAAUGUUUUUACAUUUCAGAUGGCAGGUUCAAGAGAAGAUUAUGCCAAAGAGAGGCAGCUGAAUGUGUACACAACCUCAUUCACAAAAAUAUUUGUUAAUUGACAAUGUUGCAGGAUGUAUGGUUGCUUAUUUCAGAAAGCAGUGUUGGUUUUGAUCACUGCAGUGAUGGAGACAAUAGGCUGGCCUUGUUCCCGUGGGUUGGGAGAGCUGGCGCCAUGCUGUCUACUCAACUGGGUGAAUGUCCUCAUCAACGCCAUCUCUCUCCAAUCACACUAAUUACCCACAAGGGGAGAGAGACGGAAUGGAAUGAGACAGAACAGCUGUACACACACAUACAGAAAGAAGCACACACACAAAGACACAAAUGCACAUAGGCACAUACAGACACAUCCAUGCACACAAACAGACACACAUACACACACAGGGUAAAAAGAGCAGAUCUCUCCUUUGCCUUAAUGAUGUGAUGUGUUUUUCACUUACCUGUAUGUAUGAGCCUACCAUCUACAUGAUGGAUUCUGGCUGGUGCAACGCACCAUGAGAUGUGCUUAUCUCUGCUACAGUUAUCUGAGUGGCUACUGCUUAGAUGUGUUUAGAUCGAGAGAAUCUGCCAGGACUGAAUGGGAUGGGUGGGAGCCGAGCAGCAUCAGUUCCAGUUUUUCGUCACUGGUCAUUUGGACAUAUCAGGAUUGGGCAAAGACAGAGAGCUUGCUUUUGUGAGGGUGGAGACUGUUUUUGCCGGAACUCUCCAUUUCGAACACGUACGAACACAGAAGUUUAUAAAGCAGCUGACCAAAUCACGUGAGAUUUUACUUCUGGGUUAGCAAAGAUUACAGCAGUACUGCUGGACAGCAGCUCACACACUGCUUGUAGUUUACCACAGCCACAGUUGCGCCCCAAAUGGCACCCUAUUCCCUAUAUAGUGCAUUUCUUUUGACCAGGGCUCAUAGGGAAUAGGGUGCCACACACAAUGCUCUCUGAUACAGUGCUGAAGGAUCAGUUAAUCUCUUGUGUGGAUCUCCUUGUACAUAGUACAGUUAUGUUUGGUUGGUUCUCUGUGUAACUUUGUUGUUUCUUUGAAAUGUCAUUGUUAAGCAUACCAGAUGAACUCAUACUGCAGGGGUCAGCAACAGGUGAGCCAUGGGCCAAAACCUGUCCACAAGUGAUUUCCCCCCACAAUUAAGGUAUGAAAUGAAUGCUAUUUUCAAAUACAAUCUCUUUUGGGGCUUAGUUGUGGUCAAUUUGCAGCAUACAGAUUAUUAUUAUUAGGUUCCGGCCCUCCAACCAUACGCUUCGGCAAAAAUUGUCCCACGGCUGAAUCUAGUUGCCUACCCCUGCCAUGCUGCAACGUUACAAACACUUGCUCAUUUACUGCUACUGCACAUGGCUUGGCUUGUGUGGUCUGUGUUGGUCUCUGUUGUACAUUUAGUUUUGAAUACAUCUGUCACGCUAAGCAGCACAUGAAAGCAAUUGAACAUAUCCAACUAUUGCAGCUGAUGUGGUUUACAAGCUGCUGGAGGGAGAAAUGCUGCAACUUGGUCUCAGAGCAUUUCGUAUUAUUCUAUACGAGACACUCCAUUUAGCAUAAUAUGUUACGUAUGUAUGUAUGUAUUAAUUUGUGGACUUCCAUUAUCCAUUUUGUGUGAUAUGUUAUGAAUUACAAUUGUUAUAAGUUACCCAUUGCAAUUCAUACAAUAUAUUAAGAAUUUGCAAUAUAUAUGAUAUGUUACUAGGUGGCUAGGUGGCUAAUUCAAACAUUAGCUAGGUGGUUAAUGUUUGCUAGGCUAUGGGUGAGUGGUUAGGGUUAAGGUUAGGAGUUAGGUUAUAGGGUUACGGUUUAGGAGUUAGGUUAAAGGGUUAAGGUUAGGGUUAGGAGAAGGCUUAGCUAACAUGCAAAGUACUUGAAAGUAGGAUGUAGUUGCAAAGUUACUAAUUAGCUCAAAUGCUUAUGUUGUCCAUGAUGAGAUUCGAAUACGCAACUUUUGGUUUGCUAGACAUUUGCGUUAUUUUUGCCUUAAUUAACCUUUUGUCUUAUGUAACCAUACCAGUGGAGUCUUGUGGGAGGAGCUAUAGGAGGACAGGCUGAUUGUAAUGACUGGAAUGGAAUUAAUGGAACGGUAUCAAACAUAUGGAAACAACAUGUUAGACUCCGUUUCAUUUAUACCAUUCCAGCCAUUCCAAUGAGCUCAUCCUCCUAUAGCUCAUCUCACCAGCCUCCACUGAACCAUACCAAAUGUUACAUAUCAUACUAAUUUUAGGGUCCUGGAUUUACAUGCACUAUGUUACAUCUAGUCUAUGAGACCAGGAUGGGAGAAAUGGUAAGAUGAACCAUUGAACAAAACAACUUUGUUGUUUGUAUUGCACUGAUCUAUCAAAUGGACUUCACUUGUCCUGCUGCUGACUUGUCUGAGGCACUGUUGAACAUUUCUGAACACUCUGUCAGACAAUUACCCUGAAGGACUGAACUAUUAGCCCAGUAUGCAGCAUCCCUGGUGGAAGAUCUCUGUUUUCAACAGAGCAGCAUGUAUUACUGUCCAGUUUCCACAUUAUAUCCUCUACCUGAGUCCCCUGCAUUGGCCAUUAUCAGCAACUAUCCCAAACCACCUCUUUUACACCACUUACUCUCUCGGGUUAUGCUUUCAUAAGUGUUAUUAUGUGUUAUUUCAGACAUGUGUAUUUCAUAUGUAUUUGUUACUCUUGUUGAGAGAUUUACGUCGACAUUGUGAAGGCACUUAUUGCAGUGGUGUCAAGAUAUUUAUUUUAGCAGGAUUCAUCAGUAAAAAAUGUAAAAAGAGCAAAGGUAUUUACAGUGUUAGUAUUGCUUUACACUAAAACCCACUAUCUCUGAUGUACAUAUUCAGGUGUUUUCUGGGGUUUCUUUUACCUUUUAACGCAUUGCUAUGUUUGUUCGUUGUUUUCAUGCAAAUCUCAAUAUUGUGUUAAUGUUUUGAAUACGUUUGCUCAUAUUAUAGCUACUAUUUUAAUCUAACAUCAGUUUGUUGAGAAUAUUGUAACCUAUAGUAUUUAGUAUGACUUCAAACAAAGAAUCUAAACAAUGUUUAAGUGUAGAAAAAGUUUAAAUACCCCCCCAAAAAAAAAAUAUAUAUAUAGAGAGUGAAUGGAGGAGCACCCUUGCAGACCUCAGCAGAGAAAUAGUGCUAAAUAAUGUUGGGGAAUUACUAAAACAACACAGACAACAGUUCGCUCUGGGAUUGGCAUGGUCUCAUUAUAAUUCCUGACCUCCAGUGGAGACCUCACCACACAGAUAAAAGGAGAGAAGAGGGAGAGGAGAGGGAGAGGAGAGGGAGAGGAG